CCCAAAAUAUGAGCCUGUCAGCGGUAAUUUUAGUCAUGGCGGCGAUUUCGAAGAGGGAAGGUCAAACGGAAGCAUAUCAACUUGUGGAAUUGCAUUCAUUCUCUUAGUUUAGAUUACCCCCGAUAGCUGUAAAUGUCUUCAGGAGGCUUGACCGAAGAGCAAAGAAGGAGGAUCGAAGAAAAUCGCCGGAAAGCUCUCCAGAAACGAGCGGCUCUUUUGAGUCAACGACAACCAAAAAAUGCGCCCCCAACAGGAACGACGAAGACUUCGUCAGCAAUAGACAAAUGCGAUGCGAGUAAAUUUGCUUCCAACUGUGUGGUUAAAACCACAGGAGAAGAACGUGCCUUGCUUUCUUCGAGCAGAGCUAGAAUGAGCGUACCACAAAGGCAGCCAUCUGUGCAAUCUGGAGGAGAUAGACCGAGCUCAAAUGAUCUGCAGUCGACUGGUCAUGCGUCCAACUCGUACAUGUACACAAAUGGUCACACAAAACCUCCUUUGAUUGGCGCAGCUGGUAAUUCACAAAACACGUCAGUAGGAUUUACGACUUCAACAUCUAAAACUUUGAACGGACCAACUUCAUCAACUUCAUUGAGCUCUUUUCAAAAUAAAAUCUCUAAAUUUUAUCGCCCCCAGAACGUUCCCCCUUGUACUAUGAGGAAAUUCGAAACUAAACCUAAUUCCAACUCGUCAAUUACAUCUUCAUCAGUAUCAGUAUCAGCGAGCAACAGAACGGGUCCUUCAAAGGCCAGUGCUACACACACGUUAAAUGUAAAGGGAACAUCAGAGAAACCAGUGAAAGGGAACUGUGUAUUGAUUAGCAGACAGAGAUUCACAGUUCUUGUGCCAUAUCAGGCACAGCUUAUUGGGAUUUUUAAGACAAUACCGAGCAGGAGUUAUGAUGCAAAAACAUUUCAGUGGGACUUCUCCUUGACAGACUAUGACAAACUCAUGCAAGCAGUACGGUCUUUACCUGCACAUAUUACUGUGGAAGGAUUACCAAAAGCUGUGACAUCCACAUUUCUUAAAACCACCCCAGGCACUCUGAAGGAAAUGUCGACCAGUGAGAUCAAUUUAAAUUCAGUUGAUCACAAGCUUGUUAGAGCAUUGAUGCCAUUUCAACAAGAAGGAGUCAGUUUUAGCAUCCGUCAUGAUGGCCGAGUGUUGAUAGCUGAUGACAUGGGUCUGGGCAAGACAAUUCAAGCCAUCUGUGUUGCAAGUUACUAUCGCACUGAAUGGCCUCUUCUCGUUAUUACACCAUCCUCACUCAGAAUAACUUGGCAGCAGGCUUUCAUCAAAUGGCUUCCCUCUGUGGACGUAGACUACGUUAAUGUUGUCCUUACGGGGAAGGACAGCGCUACAGCUGGGCUUAUUAACAUUAUCAGUUAUGAUCUCUUGUCUAAAUGUAUGGAGGAUUUGAAGAAAAAACAGUUUAGGAUCAUCAUAGCAGAUGAAUGUCAUUUUAUCAAGAACUACAAAGCAUCAAGAACUCAAGCUGCCUUGCCCCUGUUGAAGGCAGCCACUCGUGUAAUUCUGUUAUCUGGGACACCAGCCCUCUCACGGCCACUUGAACUUUACACACAAAUCAGCGCUAUUCAGCCAGGAUUGUUUCCCACUUUUCAUCAGUUUGGAAUUCGCUACUGUGCCGGACAUCAGAAUCGCUUCGGCUGGGAUUUUUCAGGAGCAUCCAAUAUGCAGGAACUUCAGUUGUUAUUGGAAGAAAAGUUAAUGAUCAGACGAUUAAAGAAAGACGUUCUUUCGCAGUUGCCUUCUAAACGACGUCAAAUGGUGAUGUUGGAUCCAUCGCUGAUUAAGACUAAAACUUUGGAAAGAGCUGCCAAAGAAGUUUCCAAAGCCAAGCAACAAGAGCAACAUGGAGCCCUUCUUAACUACUUCUUUGAAACUUGCGCCUGCAAGAUUCCUGCGGUCAGGGACUACAUUCUUGACCUGUUGGAAAGCGGCCGCAAGUUUCUAGUGUUUGCCCAUCACAAAGACAUGCUGGACGCCAUUUGCAAUUGUCUCACACAGAAGAAGUACGAUUUCAUACGUAUUGAUGGCAGCACACCAGCAGCCAUCCGUCAGAGUUUGUGUGAUAAAUUCCAGCAGAACAAGGAGUGCUUGGUAGCCGCCCUCUCGAUAACCGCCGCGAAUACAGGUACAGUAUGGCGAGUUUGGUUUUUUCCAUCGUAUUUUUUCACAAGUAAUGCUCUAGUCCAGGCGGAAGACCGUGUGUAUAGAAUUGGUCAGAAGAAUGCAGUAAAUAUCCACUACUUAGUGGCUAAAAAGACCGCAGAUGACUACCUCUGGCCAUUGAUUCAAAACAAGCUGGAAGUGCUGGGUAAAGCAGGUCUUUCCGAGGAUGUGUUAGAGGCCGACUGCACAUUCUUUAAGGACCCGAAACAACAGACCUUGUUUUCUUUUGUUGAGUCGUUUGUGGAGGAUUACGCGGUCGAUCACUCCACAAAAUUGUCCGAAACUGUGCCCUCUAUAUGUGCUGACAGUAAUCUGAACUUCAAAACUGAUCCGAAAGCUGUUACUAUGGAAACAAAGAAUUCGAAAGAUAGCGAUUCUGCAGGCGGAAGUGACAUAAGAAAACGGACGAAACCUGAAGGCGAUGCUUCAGAGACCGGAAGUGAAACUGUUGGUGCGAUUGAUGACAAUUUUGAUUGGUUUGAUGGCAUGGCAGAUGAUGACUUCAUUAUUGAUGGUCUGCAAGGUCAUAUUACUAGUUGUAACGAUGAACAGUCUCGGUCGAAUUCUUCAGCCUCAACUGAACCUUCUGCUAAGAGAUAUCGAAGAUAAAAAUACUGGCUGGUGUGUAAUUCAGAAGUAUUGGGAUCAAAGGCGGUCAAUGAACUUUAGACGACUUUGAAGACGAAACACACUUACAAACUUUAGAAAACAGCCCCAAGGAAAUACGCGCGCUGAUUGUUUAAAAAAUCGUGUUUCUAUAACUCGAUGGA